GUCAUUCAACCCAAAUCCUUAAACCCCGUGAGCUCACCUUCCUCACUCUAUCCAUCCUCUGAGCUUCGCACCUCUCAAUCCACCAUGUCCAUAUUCCUUCGCUCACUUCCCGCCAUUGCCCUUCGUUCCAAACCUUCCCCUCUUGGUUCCCUUUCUCUGCUCUACUUCGCCCACGUUAAUCCCCUAUUCAUUCCCACAUCGCUCCCAAAACGCACCCUUUCGUCUCUCUCCGUCUCAGCUUCUUCUGCUUCUACUCCAAUCCCUUCUGCAGAAACAGAUUCCAAGAAGCCUCCAAUUCAAUCCGGUGGACAGCUCAAAUGGGUCACCCGCACGCGAUACUGCGGCGAAUUGUCCGAAUCCGACGUGGGUAAACGGGUUCGGCUUUGCGGAUGGGUCGCCCUCCAUCGGGUCCACGGUGGCCUCACUUUUUUCAACCUCAGAGAUCACACUGGAAUUGUUCAGAUUACUACACUUCCGGAUGAAUUCCCCGAGGCUCAUUCUACUAUAAAUGAUUUGAGACUUGAGUAUGUGGUUGCUGUGGAAGGUGUUGUGCGGCCUCGGCCAGGUGAAUCAGUCAAUAAGAAGAUGAAGACUGGCAUGAUAGAGGUUGCAGCAGAGCAUGUAGAUGUGUUAAAUGCAGUACACUUGAAGUUGCCAUUCUUGGUUACUGCAGCUGAUGAUUCAAAAGAUUCAGCUAAAGAGGAAAUACGAUUGCGGUAUCGAUGCCUUGAUCUACGUCGGCCACAAAUGAGUUCCAACAUAUUCUUGCGACAUAGUGUGGUGAAACUGAUGCGAAGGUACUUGGAGGAUGAGCAUGGUUUUGUGGAGAUUGAGACUCCAAUGCUAUCUAGGUCUACUCCAGAAGGUGCUCGAGAUUAUUUAGUGCCUUCUAGAAUACAGCCAGGAGCUUUCUAUGCAUUGCCUCAAAGUCCACAACUCUACAAGCAAAUGCUAAUGGUCUCUGGUUUUGACAAAUAUUAUCAGAUAGCAAGGUGUUUUAGGGAUGAAGAUUUGAGAGCCGAUAGGCAACCUGAAUUUACACAACUAGAUAUGGAAAUGUCCUUCACUUCUUUAGAGGACAUGCUGAAGCUCAAUGAAGAAUUGAUUAGAAAGGUUUUUCUAGAGAUCAAGGGUGUCCAGUUGCCCAACCCUUUUCCAAGACUGACUUAUGCUGAAGUAAUGAGUCGAUUUGGUUCGGACAGGCCAGAUCUUCGUUUUGAUCUUGAAUUGAAAGAUGUGUCUGACAUUUUCUCAAACUCCAGCUUCAAGGUUUUUGCAGAUGCGUUGGCAAGUGGAGGGAUAAUUAAAGCAUUAUGCGUGCCUUCUGGGGCAAAAACUUAUUCAAACACUGCUCUCAAGAAAGGUGACAUUUACCGAGAAGCUGUUAAAUCCGGUGCAAAGGGUUUACCUUUCAUAAAGGUCUUGAAUGAUGGGGACAUUGAAGGGAUUCCCCCUCUUGUUUCAAGCUUGGAUAUUACACAGAAAGAGCAAUUAAUUAAACGAUUGUCUGCGAGUUCAGAUGAUCUUGUCUUGUUUGCAUUAGGAGACCAUGCAUCAGUUAAUAAGACUUUGGACUGUUUGAGGAUACACAUAGCCCACGAAUUGGGCUUAGUGGAUGAGUCCAGACAUUCAAUCCUGUGGGUGACUGAUUUUCCGAUGUUUGAGUGGAAUGAUCAAGAGCAGAGGCUUGAGGCUUUGCAUCAUCCUUUCACUGCCCCAAACCCCGAAGAUAUGAACAACCUUGCCUCUGCGCGUGCCUUAGCUUAUGACCUGGUUUACAAUGGAGUUGAGAUUGGAGGAGGAAGUUUGAGAAUUCACAAGCGUGAUGUUCAAGAAAAGGUGUUGGGAAUUGUUGGCAUCUCCCCUGAACAGGCUGAAGCGAAGUUUGGUUAUCUUUUAGAGGCUUUGGAUAUGGGUGCUCCUCCACACGGAGGUAUUGCUUACGGGCUAGAUAGGUUGGUGAUGCUCUUGGCGGGCACUCAAUCCAUCAGGGACGUUAUAGCAUUCCCAAAGACAACAACCGCCCAAUGUGCUCUUACUCGUGCACCUUCUGAAGUCGACCCCCAGCAGCUGAAAGACCUCUCGUUGCAGACCAUUUAGUUUCAGAAUCGUGGUGAGCCGAGAAAAAAGACAACAAUAAGAGAACGCCUUUGGAGUUUGGAGUAUAGCACAGAUUGGAAGAUGAAAAGCUAGGCUGUCGUCGAGUUGGAUGGAAAUACUGCACCUAACUCUAUUGCAUGGCUCAGAUUUAUUUUAUAUGGAGACUGAGAUUGUGUGUGUGAAUGAUGUGUCUGGUUUAUAUUGUGUACCUCAUCUUGACCCACCAUGACAUUUAUGAUGAUUAUAAAUUUCAAACAGGCCCCAGUUUACAGAGGGCAAUUUGAUCAAGUAAUGAA